GGGUGGGAGCCAGAGCAGAGAGGCGAGGGAGCUUUACAGGCGGCAGGCACGGUCUGCGUGAGGAGCAGGCGAGCGGGAAGGCAAGACACAGCCACCUUCCUCACCAGCCGGCCCACAGCUGUUUGUUCCCUUCUUUGGGAGUGCGCCAAUGCCUGGUCCGACCCAAACCCUGUCCCCAAAUGGCGAGAACAACAACGACAUCAUCCAGGAUAACGGGACCAUCAUUCCUUUCCGGAAGCACACCGUGCGCGGGGAGCGUUCCUACAGCUGGGGAAUGGCAGUCAAUGUGUAUUCUACCUCGAUAACCCAAGAGACUAUGAGCAGACAUGACAUCAUUGCAUGGGUUAAUGACAUAGUAUCUUUAAACUACACAAAAGUGGAACAGCUUUGUUCAGGUAAGAGAUUAUCUUUUAAGUAUUUACCUAAAUGUUUACUGUCUGCCAUGUGGAAUGAAGCAAAUGAUUUUAUAUUGCAGGUAAUUCCAGUGGAGAAGCUAGUGAAAGGGCGUUUCCAGGACAACCUGGAUUUUAUUCAGUGGUUUAAGAAGUUCUAUGAUGCGAACUACGAUGGGAAGGAGUACGAUCCGGUAGAAGCACGACAAGGGCAAGAUGCAAUUCCUCCCCCGGACCCUGGAGAACAGAUCUUCAACCUGCCAAAAAAGUCUCACCACGCAAACUCCCCCACAGCAGGUGCAGCUAAAUCAAGUCCAGCAUCUAAACCAGGUUCCACACCUUCUCGUCCCUCAUCAGCCAAAAGGGCUUCGUCCAGUGGCUCAGCAUCAAAAUCUGAUAAAGAUUUGGAAACACAGGUCAUACAGCUUAAUGAACAGGUACAUUCAUUAAAACUUGCCCUUGAAGGUGUGGAAAAGGAAAGGGAUUUCUACUUCGGAAAGUUGAGAGAGAUUGAGCUACUCUGCCAAGAACACGGGCAGGAAAACGAUGACCUCGUGCAGCGACUAAUGGAAGUCCUCUACGCUUCAGACGAUCACGAAGGCCACCCAGAAGAGCCGGAAGCAGAGGAGCAAGUCCAUGAACAGCAGCCCCAGCAGCAGGAAGAGUACUGAACCGUCUCGGCAGCUCUCGACACUUCCAUUUUGUGUGGGAACUUUUCUUCUGGAGAAUUGGAACAUGUGUGGCCUCAAGCUCAACAGAAACCAGUUGUUCCCAGUCUGCCAGUAACAUCAACGCACUGUCGCAUAUGCCAGCCACUGCACUCAGUUCCCAUUUCCUUUGCCAAGACACAUUAGCAGCCGACCAUCUGGCAGCCUACCUGAGAGAUCAUGGGGUCACAAACUUCACCACUUGGCUACGUGGAAUUCGUUCUGCUCUUUUCAUUUCUUUCCAGAACAACUCUUCCCACCCCACUACCACCACCAACACCCCCUUUUUAUCCUGGUGUGAAACAAUGGUAAUUUGAUAUAUGGUAUUUAUAUUGGCAUUUCUCAACUCAGUGUCACUAGAUGUCACACACAUUUGUGGUGCUUUGAUGUUUUUUGCAAGUCUAACCUCUGAACAUAAAUUUGGUCACAUAAUAAAUUGGAACAAAGGGAAAGAGAUACUUGAUAUGAAAGCCAUAAUGACAGUGACUUGUUUCAUAGGGAAAAACAGCGUCAGUUCCUCCCUCUACUUGCAACACUAAAGGGGAAAAAAAAGAAUGGAAUCAAAACUAGGACUUCAGGGCCCAGCAGUGUUCAUACAUUAGCAUGUUAGACAACCAUGCAGUGUGUUGUUAGUUUUAAAGACAUUCACUCAAGGAAAACACCAUCUCAACUUGGCCCUCUAACUGAUUUUCCCUCCCCUCCCCCCACCAGGUUCCCAUGCUGUUUUCUUUCUCAGGGUCCUCUUUUGUGGGCAACCACUCUCCCCAAGAAGCUAUCAUCAGUUAUCUGCAGUCCAGAGGGGGUCUGCAUAGGUACAGGUCUUCCUGCCUCCUUGUGUGAGUUUCCACGCCAAUCCUGUCAUCUACACGAGGGGCCUAAAGAAUGACUUCGGGGUGUGCAGCCCCGAGUGUCAGGGUUCUGCCUCAUGCUGUACACUUGCUAGAAGUGAAGACCUGAUUAAUAGGAGCUUAAUUCCAAGGGAGACUCAUGAUUCUGAAGUCUGGUGUUGACACUGAAGUGACAGCACAGGAUAAUCUAUGUAUGUGACUCCCAAUACCUUCUGGAAUAAGGCAUUUCCCCUCUUUAAUACUGCAGCCUCCUUGUCCUUGACCUUUGCUAAACCAUGGCAAUUCAUAAAUCAAGGAUACAUUAACAAAUUAAAAGCAUUCCUUAUUUUUUUAACUGAUAUUUGCACAUUUUCUUAGUAUCUUUCCAAAUCUUUGCCUCUAUUUUUUUGUUUUUCCCUUUGACAGAUGGGAUCCCUUCCUGGAUCAUUCAGUUCACUUGGUUUCUAACUUUAAAUUUACCUUCACUUGUUAUUUGACUUAGCAGGUGCCACCAAAACAACAAACAAGUAUGCCCACCCCCACUUUCCUCUUAACUGAAAAGCUUCAAAUAAAUUUCUGAAUUCUGUAUCAUACAGCUUUGACCUUUCUUUAUUAAUUGAUGAAGUACCGAUUCUAAAUUCUGGCAUCGAAGCUUUCCACCAAAAGACGUCUUCUCAAAAUAAAUCUUUUGCAGCAAAGUGGUAUUUGAGUUAUAUGUGAAAAAGAUUGCUUGUAUUUUUGAGGUUAUUACAACACACUGUGCAGAAUGGACAGAUGUUCCGUGGUGUUCGGUUCCCCUCUCUUCUCUCUCCUGCUUGCUCUGCGCUACAGCAGUAGCUCCUUUCUCUUAGGCUGGAAAGCCUGGCUCUCAGCAGUGACAUCCUCCCACACCUGGUUACAGGUAGUGGUUGUGCUAUAAACAGCACUGUGCUUAAUGGUGUGUUCCCCCAAGUCUGUUGCACUCACUGAGUUUCCUUUUUUUAAAAAAUAAGUUUUAUGAAGAGGCACAAUAAAUAAUUUCAUGCAGAUUACACUUCAGUGGUUUCUCCACAGUUCUUCGCCUGCCCUGGACAGCUCAGUAAUACCCAGUGCCAGGUGCCUAGGAGCCAAACUCCUGUCAUGUGUGCGUACACGAUUACUGUGUAACUUGCUUAAGCCUCACCAGUGACAGCUACUCCACCACUCCAUUUCCUCCCAAAUCUCCAACCUUCUCAGCUGUAAACAUACUGGCCAGAAUGCAUCCAAAGAUAUCCAUCUUCGUUCUCCUUCCCAGAGUCUUGGGGCAGACUAUUCAUUUAUUUAGAGAAGACCUGUAAACUCCUCUUUCGGUCCCCAUCUGAAACAUCGCCCAUUGCGCUGCAUCACAUGUGAUCGCACUGAGACCUUGGGGAAUCUUAAACAGCUAAGUUUCUCAGUCCUCUUUGGCUGCAGCUCUUCUGUGCAGAUCACCUCUCGUUGGCCAGGCGCUGCCACUUUCUUCCUGACGACUGUACCCCUUCGUCCCCUCAUCGCGGCAUCCAGGGCACGCUUGCCUCCAUUCCCUCCCCCCAUCAUGCGUCAUCACGCUGGGCUGAGACAUCGCCCCGUAGGUGUGCUACUCCCUUUCAGAAGCCGACUUCCUCCUUAGUCCCCCCCUCAUACCUGCUGUGGCUGGUUAUAGCACUUCCACUGCUCAUGUCAGAUGGGAAGUGAUCGAAGCAGGGGGCAAAGAGAGAGCCCAUCUUCUAAGCAGAAAAGCAGAAAAAGAAACACCCUGUUGACCCGAGAGAAGUUAAACUCCAGAAGGGAACCAAGAACUCCUCCCUUCCCUGGUGAGUAUUUCCAUUAUUCCGUUAAGGUUUAAUAUGCAUUCAAAUUACUUUUACUAAAUAGUACACCAUAAAGCUUUUGUUACAUAUUAAAUGUAAACUGAAAGGAAUGUAAACAUAUGUAUUGUUAAUUAUAAAUAUAGAUAAGUAAUGACAUAAUAGAUGAAAAGGUCUUAUUCAGAUGUAUUACAUUCAUUUUACAUUACCCACCUACUGUCGCAUGGUAGAAUAGCUUUUUGUCUCUGAAUAUGUGAAUAACUUGACUUGCAGUUAUCUUUUUACAUAUUUAAUAAAAAAAGGUAUAUGUUAAAA